AUGGCAACGACCUCUGCCCCAGAUAUCGACAUGGUCAUCGAGGAAACAAGAAGGACUCCAUUUACAAACAAAAUUGCCAGCGUGAGGCUGCAUCAUGUUGGGAAAUUAAAAUUCCCCGAAUACGCAGGAAACUGGGACCCAAAGGCCCACGUACGAGCCUUACGUCUAGCAAUAUCAAGAGCACACCUCACCGACGACGAAAAGGAGGCUGGUUACAGCCGCUUCUUCGCCGAGAACCUCAUGGGGGCCGCCCUCGAAUGGUUCGCCGGACUAGAAGAAAACUUGAUUGACAAUUUCACCCAGUUGGUAUCUACGUUCCUCAAACAGUACUUAGUCUUCAUGGAAACAAGAGUUACUGAGGCAGGUCUUUGGAAUCUCAAGCAAGCGCGUUUCGAGCCACUGAGAGCGUACAUAAACAAGUUCCGAGAAAUCAAAGCCAAGAUUUCGUAUCCAAACGAAGUCGUCGCCUUGGCAGAAUUGAAGAAUGGCGUUUGGUUCUCAUCCAAAUUGAGGGAAAAACUGACAGUACGAGCACCUAUCUCGUUGGAUGACGGCUUACACCGACCCUCUUACUUCGCCACCCACGAGGAAGAGGUCGCAGCCUUAAAGGAGCAGUAUAGCGCGAACAAGAAUAAUGCGGCCAAAAAGCCAACCGCUCCCAAAGAACCAGCGACCAAAGGGCAACAUUCCUACGCAAUAAAUAACUCACCGCAAAAGACUUCAACAUACGACCUCAGCAAAUAUUGCGCUUUUCAUGACCGCAAAGGCCACGCGACCGAAGAAUGUCGAGCGGCGAUUCGCAGUCAGAACGAAAAUAAAAAAUCCAGCGAAGAAACCGGAGAGGAAGAGGAAGAGCCAAUGACUCCAAAAUCUAACCGAAAAGCCAAAGUCUCGACGAACAAAAGAGGGAGGGAAACCGAGCCGGAAUCAUCGAGCUCUCCACCCCCAGCUCCGAAGAAAAGAGUCGACAUGAUUUUGUGGGGGCCAAACAGUAACACAACCGACGAAAUCAAGAGCCAAACCGAAGGUAAUAUAUUCAUCGAGGUCAUGGUAGCAAUCCGCACAUUAGAAAAACCCGAUGAAGCUACUCCUCCUCCCAGUGUCACUCAGUACAACCCUAACACAGAGUCUCCCUGUGGAAAAAUCCCCAACUUCAAGCGAAAGAACAAGAUUACCAAAAUUGGCAAGCUACUAGAAAAAUCAACUGCCCUAUAA